AUGAAAUACACAACACAGAACCUGAUAGUUGCAGUAAAUAGUAAUCUUAGUUCAACUGCAGCAGCAAAAACGUUUAAUGUACCAGAACGGACUAUACGUUGUCAUAGGCAAUUUCCACUGCAAAGAAUUGGUGCUGGUCGACGACACUAUCUGAAUGAUAAUGAAGAAAGUUAUUUAGUUUCAAUAUUUCAAAUUUUACCUGAUUACGGAUUUUCAAUAGCUGCUGAUAUUGCUAUUCAAAUCUCAUCUGAAUACAUGAAGUCACUUGGCUUAUCGUUUGUACCGGGUCAAAAAUGGUUAAAAACAUUUCUUAAUCGACAUCGUAUGAAGAUAAAAUGGAAAAAACAGGAAAAAUUAGAAAGAAUACGUGCUGAAAAAUUUACUGAAGAAACUCGUCAAGGCUGGUUUUCAUUGCUGAAAUCAACAUUGGAAAAACUUGAUCUUAUGGACAAGCCUAAUCAAAUAUUUAAUGCCGAUGAAACUGGUUUCAGCAAGUGUUUCCCCUUUGAUUAA